AUGGUAUCUUGUAACGAAUGGUUUGUAUAUCGUUCAUCAAAUAGUAUGGAGCCCUUGGAUUCGGGAAGGAAAAGACUGAUUCAACGUAUUGUUUUCAAAUUAAAACUAUCAUUAUAUGGUAAUUCUCUGACUUACUUGUUACUCAGCAUUCUUCUGUUCUUCCAAAUUGUUAUUUUACCUCUAGGAGCGGCAACUUCUAGUAAAGGGAAAAGUGAUUAUUCACUUCUAAAUGAUGGUCGUCAGCAGCAACUCUGGAUGCAUGGAAUGGAUGCAGCAUUUAAAAGGCAGCAGAAUAAAAGCAGCAGUGACCGAACUUCUAGGGAUAAUAACAAUAAUGGCAUUUCAAAUGCAACAUUGCCGGGAGAAGUAAUGUUUACGAAAUGGGGAUCUGCUGAAAGAGUGUUAGAUGAUCAUUUGCAACAUUAUCAUAGCAGACAGUUUGUGCUGUUCACGUUCAUUGCUGUUCAUGGUGGCACAACUGAACUUUUCGUCAUAGAUUCAGCUCAGAUUCAUGUCAUUGAAUUACAACCUAAGGAAGAGCUUAUCUUAACAUGCCAAGCUAAUUUACUUGGCUUAGGCGAUGAUAUGGACAUUGUAUGGUGGAAGAAUGAUCAGUUCAUCACCACUACUAAUUCCUCUAUUGUAAUAUCAGAUGAUAAGAGUUUGGGUUUAUAUCGAUGUGUUGCUGACGUGGAUAUUGUUUCAACUGAUCUUUUGGACAGUUAUCUUUUAAAUAAUCGCAUCAAGCGUUCGGCGGAAAUGCCUCCUGGGAAAGUGAUGAGCAAUGCAUUCAUUAUCAGACGUGCAGUGCCGUUUUAUUUCGCUGUUCAUCCAGAAAAUCUGACAGUAGAAGUCGGGUCGGUUUUUCGCUUAAAAUGUGCAACCAGGGGUGCCCAUGCCCAUCCUAUUGUUUGGAUUCGAAAUAACACAGAAUUAGUUGCUGAAGAAAAUAAUAUUCAAAUAUAUGCUGUUGAACACCAAUCAGUUUUACAUUUAUUGGGAGCCUUAUUUAGUGACAGUGGACGCUAUCGCUGUCGGAGUGGAGACUUGUAUAGUGAUGAGGCAGUGAUAGAUGUUGUUACCAGUGUUCAAAAUUCUACUAAAUAUCCGCUAUUGAUGGAAGAACUUCCAUCAGAACUAUCAGUUCCUGUUGGCAAAAGCAUUAUAUUAGAAUGUCUUGUGAAUGAUGUACGAUUAAGUUCCUUUUGGCAUGUUGUAAAUGAUUAUGGACAACCCAUCAAAAAAUAUCAUAUGAAUGAUGGGAAAAAACUUAGUGCAGUAGUAAUUCGUUCGGCCAAUACUCAGGACAGUGGAAAGUACAGCUGUAUUGUGUUUAAUAAAACAAUUCAGGAAACGUUUUCAACAUUUAUCACUGUACAAGUUGCGCCAAUAUUAUUGGUUAAACGCCCGGUGAAAAGGAUCGCUGGAACUCUUGGAACAACUAUUAGACUCCGUUGUUCAAGUUCAGUUGAACCACAUGAUACUUCGUUUGAAAUAAAUUGGUACAAAGAUGGAAAAAGAGUAAUUCCAUUCGGAAGAGCAAAGGUUGAUUCUUUUUCCUUUCGAACUUAA